AUGACACCACUCGAAGAUGAAGAUGGUGAAAAUGAUGACGCCCCUGUAUUUGAACGGGAAGAUGUUUCUGAGGAACCAGAGCGAGUGUUCGAGCUAUUUGGCGACGUGGUGUCUGAGCGGCUCCUCGGGGUGCUAGUAGUCAAGCUUGGUGUAGAGGAAGUUGGUGCAGUGAACGACAGGCCCGUCGUAGGCGCGGUUGGUAUACUUGAACUCAGAUCUACUGUCGAAGCACCGGGGCUAGUGAAAGUCAGCCCUGUUGUCGGCGCGGUUGGCGUACUUGAAGUCGAAUCUACUGAAGAAACGCCGGGGGUAGUGAAAGUCAGCCCUGUUGUAGGCGCUGUUGCUGUGCUUGAACUCAGAUCUGUUAUAGGAGUACCUGGGGUAGUGAAAGUCAGGCCCGUCGUUGGCGCGGUUGGUGUACUUGAAGUCGAAUUUACUGUCGAAGCACUAGCGGUAGUGGACGCCAAUCCUGUCGUAGGCGCUGUUGAUGUGCUUGACCUCAGAUCUAUCGUAGAACCACUCCCGGAGGUGAAACUAAGACCCGUCGUAGGGGCUGUUGGUGCAGUGAAACUCGUGUCUCCCGUAGACCCCGUUGGCGUGCUAAAAGUCAGACCUGUCGUUGGCGCUGUCGGUGUGGUGAGAGUCAGACCCGUCGUCGGUGUGGUUGACCUGCUGGAACUCAGAUCUACGGUAGAAGAACUAGAUAGACUGAAAGUCAACCCAGUGGUAGGGGCAGUUGGCGUCCUUGAAGUCAGGAGGGUUGAGCUCUCAGCCGGGGUACUGAAUGUCAGACCGGUCGUGGGAGCCGUCGGCGGAGUGAAAGUUGAACUUCCUGUAGACAUCGAUGGAGCAGUAAAAGUUAGACCAGUCGUGGGUGCUGUUGGAGUGCCUGAGGUUAUCUCUGUCGUAUAA